CCAGUUUUGGGAACUGUAGAGGCGUUGAGUAAAGCCAAGGAAACGGCCCGCAAAUUGGGUUGUGAUCCGUAUGAUUACAAAUGGUUGGACUGUUUGCGAGCCAUUGAAAACCCGGACCUAUUUCUGGAGCCGACUGAGGCUGAAGUUGGUUUUGGUGUCACGUGGCCUGUGUUUGGCACUGAAUUUCUCCCAGUUUUGCCACAAAAAGCAUUUGAAAAUAAUGAAUACAAUUCGGAUGUGGAUGUGAUGGCCGGUGCGACCAAAGACGAGGGUCAUUUGCUAGUUAUGAUGCUGUUCCCACAAUUGAGGACUGAUUUCAAUAUUAAGAAAUUUCAUGAAUUAAUAGAACUCCAGAGAGAGAUCUACCAUAACAUAGACGUCCAGAAAGUAUCCGAUUAUUACCUCCAGAAUAGAGACCCCGAAAAUCCUAAUGACUUACAGCAAGCUUUCGGGGAACUGUAUGGCGAUAUGUUGAUGGUGUGCCCCACCUAUGGGUUCGCCAAGAGUUUUGCCAAAAGUGGUCGAGACGUUUAUUUUUAUAGAUUUAAUUACCAGGCUAGUCUAAUGGAAAUGUUUGGCUGCGAUGAGAACACCAUAUGUCACGGGGCGGACAGCCUCUAUGUUUUUGGUGAUCCCGUUAGGACUCCACAGAUGUUUACAGAAACGGACUAUGAUUUCAGUUUAGAUGUUAUGAAGAUAUGGACUAAUUUUGCUAAAAAUAUAAAACCACACAAUGUUUGGCCGAAACUAAUAGACAUUUCGGACGCGAAUUCAGUGCCAAAAGUGAAAGACUUGAAUCCCAACGAUAUGUCACGCGUUUUGGACAAUCCUUACGGAGAUAUUUGUGAUGGAUUAUGGAGUGAAUACCUUGGUGAAAAUAAAUAAACAUAAAAGGAUAUACAUUUACUUAAAAAUAAUU